AUGGAUGUUUACGCGGCCGUUUUGUUCUCCGGUGACCCAAGAAUACUUGAGUGUAAGACUCCCAGCGCCAGGCGUGGCGCCAACAGCAGUCUCGAGUGGAACCACCGCAUGGAGUUCUAUUUGGCAGAGGCAGAUCUGGCCAACCCUCGUGAGGACCCUUGUGUCUGCUUCCAGCUCCGAUCCGAACGCAUUCUUGGUGAACGACGAGUCAUCGGCUACAUCGUCAUAAGCCUCCGGGAACUUCUCAAAACCGCUCCCGGAGUACACGCCGUCGAGUUCAACGUCUGUGAUCCAGACGGAAAGAUUACUGACGCUACCCUGAAAUUUUCUUACAAGUUUGAUGUUAAGUUCAUUGUACUGCCGGCGGCGGCGGCGGCAGAAAUUUUUUAUCUGCCGGGCAUGGGCUGUAAGCUGCCUCUAGGGGUGGCGCUGCCAUAUCAUCCAAUGCAAGAAUAUGCGUUGGGUUUAUUGGUAUGA